AUGGAAGCGCUUUUGGCAGUGGUGUUGUUGCUGCUUUGUGGUGAGUGGCAGGUGGUUCGUGGAGAAUUCGAUUACAGAGAUGCUCUAUCUAAGUCUAUCCUCUUUCUAGAGGCCCAACGAUCCGGUAAACUCCCACAAUCUCAGCGAGUAAAGUGGAGAGGAGAUUCUGGCCUCACAGAUGGGAAGUUGCAAAACGUUGAUUUAGCUGGGGGUUACUACGAUGCAGGCGAUAACGUGAAAUAUGGGCUUCCCAUGGCAUUCACUAUCACCACACUCGCUUGGGGCACACUGGAUUAUGGCAAAGAGUUGAAAGAUGCAGGAGAGAUUCAGAAUGCAAGGGACGCUAUUAGAUGGGGAACUGACUACUUUCUCAAGGGUAGUGCAACUCCAAAUGAAUUAUGGGUUCAGGUGGGUGAUCCCCAGGCAGACCAUAAUUGUUGGGAGCAUCCAGAAGAUAUGGACACUCCUCGAUCUCUUUACAAGAUUGAUAAAGACACCCCUGGAUCAGAAAUUGCAGCAGAAACGGCCGCAGCCUCGGCUGCCUCCUCCAUUGUUUUCAGAUUCACAAACCCUCGUUGCUCACACCUUCUCCUCCAACGUUCUCAAUCGCUCUUCAGCUUUGCCGAUCGAUACAAGGGCACCUACGGAGGAGAGUGUCCAUUUUAUUGCUCUGUUUCAGGCUACAAUGACGAGCUUCUAUGGGCUGCAUCUUGGCUGUACAGAGCUACCAAAUCCUCAUAUUAUUCCAAGUAUAUUAUCCAGCACGACGAUUUAAAGGCAUAUGUUAAUGAAUUCAACUGGGACCUCAAAUAUGCUCUAUUAUUUCAACCACUAGUAGACAGAGAGAACAAAGAGAAAAAAAUGAUGAAACAAAAUGUUCAUUUUUCCCUCCUAAAUCCAUCUCCUCAUAUGCCACCCAAAUCUAUGGAAACAGUAAGCUCAAAAUAG